GGGAUAGUGGGGAUAAUGGGGAUAAUGGGGACAGUGGGGAUAGUGGGGAUAGUGGGGAGAGUGGGGAUAGUGGGGAUAAUGGGGAUAAUGGGGACAGUGGGGAUAGUGGGGAUAGUGGGGAGAGUGGGGAUAGUGGGGAUAAUGGGGAUAAUGGGGACAGUGGGGAUAGUGGGGAUAGUGGGGAGAGUGGGGAUAGUGGGGAUAAUGGGGAUAAUGGGGACAGUGGGGAUAGUGGGGAUAGUGGGGAGAGUGGGGAUAGUGGGGAUAAUGGGGAUAAUGGGGACAGUGGGGAUAGUGGGGAUAGUGGGGAGAGUGGGGAUAGUGGGGAUAAUGGGGAUAAUGGGGACAGUGGGGAUAGUGGGGAUAGUGGGGAGAGUGGGGAUAGUGGGGAUAAUGGGGAUAAUGGGGACAGUGGGGAUAGUGGGGAUAGUGGGGAGAGUGGGGAUAGUGGGGAUAAUGGGGAUAAUGGGGACAGUGGGGAUAGUGGGGAUAGUGGGGAGAGUGGGGAUAGUGGGGAUAAUGGGGAUAAUGGGGACAGUGGGGAUAGUGGGGAUAGUGGGGAGAGUGGGGAUAGUGGGGAUAAUGGGGAUAAUGGGGACAGUGGGGAUAGUGGGGAUAGUGGGGAGAGUGGGGAUAGUGGGGAUAAUGGGGAUAAUGGGGACAGUGGGGAUAGUGGGGAUAGUGGGGAGAGUGGGGAUAGUGGGGAUAAUGGGGAUAAUGGGGACAGUGGGGAUAGUGGGGAUAGUG